CAAAUUUCCAUAACUAAAAGCGUAGCACCUCCUCUCAGUUCCUCUCCCUCACACAUUUACAGAAAGAAAGAAAGGUCAUGAUCACGGUCUGGUUGAUUCCUUCACCAACUCCCUGGUCAUGAUCUCUUAUCUUAUCAUCCUUUCAGACCUUAUAUUCCAUCCAUCUUUCUAUCUCCUUGCAUCCAUCUGAAUACAAGUUAAGAUUUUAUUAUUAUAUUUUCUUUCCUCGUUUUGGUUCUUGACUCUAGGAUCAAAUAGCUAUGGCAAAGAGAUCAUUUAAACGUUUUGUGGAACAAGAACUUGGAAAACUCCCACUCUUCUUGAUCUAUGCCGUGCUCGAAUGGGUGUUGAUUGCUGUGCUAUUUAUUGAUGGGUUUCUUGCUUUUUUUGCCAACGAAUUCGCCAAGUUCUUUGAGUUGAAAAUCCCUUGUUUGCUCUGCACGAGGAUUGAUCAUGUCCUGGUUCAUAGAGAUGCUGAUUUUUAUUACAAUGAAUCCAUAUGUGGAACUCACAAGAAGGAGGUUUCAUGUCUGGCUUACUGUCAUGUCCACAAGAAGCUUUCUGAUAUACGAAACAUGUGUGAGGGGUGUCUUCUUUCUUUUGCUACAGAGAGAGAAUCAGAUUGCGAUUUAUUCAAGUUUCCUGCAGGGGUUUUACAUAAGGACAUCGAGCUGUUUGCUGAUGAUGAUCGUGACAUCCAUUUGAGGUUGCCUGCUUUAGGAAAUGACAUCGUGGUGCCAGCUGACAAGAGCAGCCCCCAUCAGUACUGUUCAUGUUGUGGGGAACCAUUGAAGGUAAAGUCCUACUCAAAGGGAAAGAUUGCAGGCAUGCUCUCACAGGCUCCUGCUCCGUCUCCCCGAGCACCAUUUGUUACUUUGAGAAAUGAGGGCCCUCGCAAGUUGGAUUUAUCUCAUGUGCGAUACACAGAACUCAAGUUCUCAGAAAAUGACUCGGAGCUCCAUGAUGAUGAAGAUGCCUCGAAUGCAUCACAUCUAGAUAAGCAAUUUAGGGAAGAUGUCAAAGCUGCUAUGGUGCCAUUGCUGACAGAAGCUGAGAAUAUGAAUGAAGAAAGGACCCCUACAUUUUCCAGAGGAAAUAAGUUUUUCGGAAUCCCACUAACAGAUUCAGCCGCCGCUAGUCCUAGGGCAUUUACUAGGUUUCCAAGGAAACUCGACAAAACUGAACUUUCUUCAGAGACCAUAGAAGGGGCUUCUCUAUCAAAUGAAGUAGAUGGUGAGUCAAUUUUGCAACAUUUAAAGAAACAGGUUCGUCUGGAUCGCAAGUCGCUGAUGGCUUUAUACAUGGAAUUGGAUGAAGAAAGAAGCGCUUCUGCUGUUGCAGCUAAUAAUGCAAUGGCCAUGAUCACCCGGUUGCAAGCAGAGAAGGCAGCUGUUCAGAUGGAGGCAUUACAGUAUCAGAGAAUGAUGGAGGAGCAGGCAGAGUAUGACCAAGAGGCCCUGCAAGCAACAAGGGAUAUAGUUUCCAAGAGAGAGGAGCAAAUCAAGACUUUAGAGGCUGAGCUCGUGGCUUAUAGAGAAAAAUAUGGUGUCCUGAUGGGAGAAGAUUUUAUGGAAUCUGGAGAUGAGAUUGAUGAGGAUUGUCAUGAUUUGAAAACAGACUCUCAUUCUUCUUAUACCGAAAGAUACGAAUGUCUCAGCCCAUCUUAUAGCUCCACAGAAGGGCAAAAUAAUGCUGAAAAUGUGUUUUAUCAAAGUAAGUCUCCAUCUUUUCUGGCUGUUGAGAACGGAGGGGAAACUGAAGACAAACCACUGAAGGCUUUUCAAGGGCAAGAACCUCAUCGUCUAGGUCGGCUGAACAAUUGGGAUAAGAAAGUACAUGUUUCAUCAGAUGACGGGGAUCUUUCCUCGCAGUCUAGUUCUGAUGAUGUUAACCACUCCGAGAAAGUGACAGAUCAAGAAAGGGAAGCAGAUUUAGUCAAAGAAUCCUCACAUCUUCAUGGAUCAGCAAAGGACCUUGAUGCUGAAGGUGGAUUCUUGAAGCUUGCUGGUCAUACACUCCAAAAUGGUAGUGAAGUUACAUCUGAUAGUCUUCAGAAGAUUUGUCAGCUGGUGACAACCGAUGAUCAUGAUGCAUAACACUCAUCCUAAUCGUUUUCAUGCUUGAACUUUUUUUUUGUUAGGAUGUAAAUACAGCAAAAUCAUUGCCGGGAGAUGUUGAGGCCUUGAAGUUUGAAGCUUCUUGAAACUUUUGGAUUUCAAUACCCUCUCUUAUGGAGUUGUGGCAGGCUAGAAAGUAGCAAGACUGGGCAGUCAUCAUGUCUCCAGCUAUCUCAAACAAUUUGGGAGAAAGACAGAAUGCGGGAAUAAUCAUGUUCUCAAUUCUGCAGACUUGAUUCUUUUAACUUAAGAAAUAUGUUCUUCAUCGGCAUAAACAAUUACCAAGGUGCCAGGAGAGAGUUGGUGGUGUCUAGCAGGAGUGCAAGAAUCUUCGUUAUCGAUGAGCAAACUGCUCAGUGGCUUAUCAUCCCUGCAAAAUACUGCUUUUAGACAACUUAUACUGUGAUUUAUCUUUUCCCAAAAUUACUGUUGUGCUAUAGCCUUCUGUCAUGAUUUAACAAAUAUCAUCUCUUUCGACCAA